UUCCAGGCAACCAUUGGAAUUGAUUUCCUGUCAAAAACAAUGUAUCUUGAAGAUCGCACGAUCAGGCUGCAGCUGUGGGAUACAGCCGGUCAGGAGAGGUUCCGCAGCCUCAUUCCCAGCUACAUCCGUGACUCUGCUGUGGCUGUCGUUGUCUUUGACGUUACAAACUUGAAUUCUUUCCAGCAAACCUCCAAGUGGAUUGAUGACGUUCGGACAGAGAGAGGAAGCGACGUCAUCAUCAUGUUGGUGGGGAACAAAACUGACCUGGCAGACAAGAGACAGGUUUCUAUAGAGGAGGGUGAGAGAAAAGCCCAAGAACUGAAUAUGAUGUAUAUUGAAACCAGUGCUAAAGCAGGAUAUAAUGUGGAUCAGGUUUUUUUUCGUGUAGCUGCUGCCUUACCUGGGAUGGACAGCACGCCGGAGAAGAGCAAAGAAGACAUGAUUGACAUCAAACUAGAGAAACCUCCUGAGCAGCCAGUAACGGAGAGCGGGUGCUCCUGCUAA